AUGCCUCACCGCAAGCGCAAGGCCAGGCCAAUGCUGCCCACCCCGCAGGUGGGGCUCAACGUCAACGACAUCAUGCCGCACGGCCGCACCCCGCCUUCGCCGCACAUUACUCCGGUCGACCGCGACGACGCCGGCUCAGCUCCCGUGGCUCUCGCCUCUCGCAUGCAGGCCCCGCCACACGCCCAGCCUGCAGCGAGUACCAAUGGUACUGGAGACAGCGGCCGGCCAGCGACUGUCGCUCGUCCGGGAAGCCAGCAGCACCCGCCGCUGCCCGCAAGCCACCCGUCUGCCGUCCCGGACACCCCGCCGUCGACGAGCUCCACUCCGCUCGGCGUCGAUGCAAAGACGGGUCCGAGCAACGGCAAGCAGAGUCAUGCCUUCCCGACCUCGCUCGUCUCAUCGACCGUCCACGACAAGGAGGACACGCCGUCAGCUGUCGCCAUCGCCUCGCCCAUGAUCGCCAAGCCCUCGACCCGGUUCUCCAUCUCGCCGUCGGCUACCCUCCCUACCUCGGUCAUGCCGGCUGUGCCCUCCCUCCCUGCCGACAAGCACCAGCAGAACCAGAAGGACACCCCGCCGGCCAAGACCGCCCGCCACCCGACCGACGAUCCGGCUCUGGUUGCUACGCCGGAGCCCGCCUCGGCCGCCGCCGCCACCACCACCGCCGGCCCUGCGGCAACCGCUGCCGCACCUCCGACAAGCACGCAAGCCGCCACCCCGCCGUCACCCUCGCCUGGCGACGAUGCCGAGCCCGACUCGGCUCCGGCAUCGGCCAUGUCGACGCCGCCCGGCUCGUCGGCCGGCACCUCACGCCCGUCGCAUGCUCCCGGCCACAGCGGCCUCGGCGCAUCGGCCGCCGCCGCCACCACCGCCGCCGCCGCCGCCGCCGCGAGCAGCAAGGCCGUCCGAUUCAGCGUCGAUGACGACUCGGACGAUUCGGACGAGGAAGAGGCCGACUACUACAACCCGUUCAACAAGGAGCCGAUUGUGCUCCCGCGCGUCGGCAUGGGCCGCAUGGAGCAGGUCCUCGACAUGUCCAUUGCUGAGCUGGCUUCAUCGCCGCUGGUCUUCAACCGCGAGCUCUCCGAGCUUGACUUUUUCUGGCGCGUCCUCUAUGAGGCCAUGGACGAAAAGGCACCGCUCCUCGAGCGCAUCAAGUUCCUCGCUAUCACCUCGGGCAACAUCGACGGAUACGUCGGCAAGCGCGUCGGCAACUUGACCAAGGUCUACUCGGAGGAGCUGCAGAUGGCUGCUGACAUGGGCGAGGGCUACCGCCCGCAACUGGUCUCCGUCUACGAGACCAUCCACUCCAUGACCGACGAAAUGGGCGAGGUCUUCUCGUCAGUCACCACCCAGCUCACCGCCCACGGCGUUCAUGUCCUCCGCAUGGCCGAGCUCACGCCUGAGGAGCUCGAGCCGCUCCGCGAGGUCUUCGUCUACGACGGCAAGGGCUCGCUCCGCUUCGUCUACCUUCCGGUCCCUCUUGACCUCGGUCGGUGGAUCCAGAUCUCGUCGCCGCGCGGCCGCUUCUGCUACGUCCGCUCCGAGGAUCUCAUCCGCCACUUCCUCCCCACCAUGUACCCGCUGCACAAGAUCGUCGCCGCGCACGUCUUCCGCGACGUUCUCGAGCUCAUGUCGUCGGGCAUCGACAUGCGCCGCUACGCUCAGGUCGUCCGCCUCGAAGUCACCCACGACGUCCACCCGGACGUCAUCGAAAUGCUCUCCUUCCACCUCAACAUCGAGCGCAUCUCCAUCUACUCGCUCAAGUUUGAGGAGCUCAUCGGCCUCGCAGACAUGAUGUUCUUUGUCCGCCUCCCGCUCCCGGCCCUCAAGUACCGCCCGUGGCGGCCCAUCCCGCACCCCUCGUUCCGCUCGCUCACACAGCUGACCAACGGCCGCCCGCGCCCACUCACCCCGGACAUCGCCGCCUCGGUCUUUGAUCUCGUCUCGGAGCAGGACAUAUACAUCCAGUUCCCUUACGUCUCGUUCGAGUCAACCGUCCAAAUCUUUGUCCAGUCGGCAGCCAUCGACCCACAAGUCCUCUCCAUCAAGAUGACCCUCUACCGUCUCGCCUCGCAAGACGCCGUCGUCGACGCUCUCAUCAACGCCGUCGCCAACGGCAAGGAAGUCACCGUCAUCGUCGAGCUCAAGGCAUCAUACGACGAGGCCCGCAACCUCGCCUACGCCACCGCUCUCGAGCAAGCCGGCGCCACCGUCUGCUACGGCCUGCAGGGCAUGAAGACCCACGGAAAGAUCAUUCGCGUCGUCCGCUCGCAGCCCGACGGCCUCCGCACCUACUCGCUCGUCGCCACAGGCAACUUUAACUCGACCACCGCUCCGCUCUACAUCGACAUGGGCCUCCUCACCGCCCACCCGGAAAUCGGCCACGAGCUCGGCCAGGUCUUCAACUACCUCACUUCGUACUGCGGCCGCGGCAAGUUCAAGAAGCUCCUCGUCUCGCCCUUCAACACCACCGCCACCUUUGUCAAGCUCAUCAAGAAGGAGACCCGCAACGCAGAGGCCGGCAAGAAGGCUCUCAUCAUCGCCCGCCUCAAUGGCCUCACAGACAAAACCAUCACCGCCGCCCUGUACGAGGCCGCCGCUGCCGGCGUCAAGAUCGAGCUCCUGGUCCGCGGCAUGGCCCGCAUCCGCCCGGGCAUUCCCGGCAAGACCGAGAACGUCCGCGUCAUGUCAUACGUCGGCCGCUUCCUCGAGCACUCGCGCAUCUACUACUUUUACAACGACGGUAAGCCGCGCUACUACCUCGGCUCCGCCGACUGGAUGACCCGCAACCUCAAGUUCCGCAUCGAGGUCCUCACCCCAGUCUACGACAAGAACAUCCAGGCCUGCAUCAUGUCCGAGCUCCAGCUCUACCUCUCGCCCGAGCGCGCCAACGUGUGGGACAUGCAACCCGAUGGCCGCUACCAGCGCCGCCAGCCGCCGCGAACAACCACAAACCGCAUGGGCGUCUGGGGCAUCAUGAUGGACUCGGUCGAGGUCCUCGACGCAGGCAUCCAGACCUCGCAUCUGCACAAGUUCCGCUCACAGCGCAAGUGGGACGCCACCCCGGUCGCUCCGUGA